CACAGCAAGACCAGUUUCAUGAUCUCACAUUUUUUUACACGCUUUUUCCUCAGUCUGACAGAAGACUGUUAAACGCUUGUUUUGGAUAUUUUGGGUACCAGGGAAGACCUGCGUUUUGGGUGUUAGACUACUUUGCUGACCAGUUGUUGUGUUACCAGACAAAACAGAUAUUUUCUGACAGGAUCUGGCAUCUGGGGCUGGACCUUAAUUAUCUGGCGUGGAAACAUGUUGAUAUCUAGACUUUAGUUUCAGAGUCCUACAGAGAGCAUUUUCAGCCUGAUCUGAGAGAAAACGGUUACUGUUGCUACAAGAUGAGUCAAGAAUAAUGGAAAAAUCCAAAUCUAUGGAAGAAUGCGUAAUGUGCUCAGAUUUGCAGAAUGAUAAACACGGUGAGGUGAGAAUCAAACACUCUCUGAAUAAGAAGGAGGAGGAGUUUGUAGUCAAAAGGAGAGAAGCUGUUUUUCAAAGUUUGCAGAAACUCAAGAUACACUGCAGUCAGGAUGAGGUGCCUCGCAUUGCAUUACUGGGUUCUGGAGGAGGACAAAGAGCCAUGGUGGGUUUGUUGGGAUCUCUGGUUCAGCUUGAUAAAGCGGGUCUUCUGGACUGCAUCCUUUAUCUGAGCGGAGUCUCUGGAUCCACCUGGUGCAUGGCCUCCUUAUACCAAGAACCAGACUGGUCCACCAAUCUAAAGAUCGUGAAAGACAAAAUCAUCAAGAGACUCAGUGGACCACGAGUCAGCUUGACAGAUGCAUUGGCCAAACUGAAGAAAUAUUACUAUGAGAAUGACAUCUUCAGCUUGACUGACAUCUGGGCAGUGAUGGCCAUCACAGAAUAUGUGAAAGAGAUUGACGAACACACACUCACAGAUCAGCAGGACCAGCACAAUAAAGACCCGCUUCUCAUCUACACAGUGAUUGACGUUCAGUCCAAACAGUGCAGAGAUGGAGACGCCUGGUUUGAGAUCAGUCCAUAUGAAGCAGGUUAUUCCCUCACUGGAGCGUUUGUGAAAGCGUCCAGCUUUGGCAGCCAGUUUGACAAUGGCUGUAAGAUCAAGGACCAGCCUGAAAUGGACAUGCUGUACCUGCAAGCUCUGUGUGGCAGCUCUUUUGCUGAUGGAGAGGAGAAUAAAAAAUUCAUCUGGAAACAAAUAAGAGAUUUCUUUAAUCUCUCACUUGGAGCAAACACUGGUAUGUUUGAGGAAAUUAAUAAAGAUUCAAACUGCCCACCUGUAGACAAGUGUUCCCAGGUGCUCAUGGAUCUUGCUGACAUGAAUCUCUCUGUUUUGAAUGGCACUGAUCCUCGUGCUCUUGAUGAAUCCAUCAGAACAACCCUGAAAGAGCUCACUGGAGACAAACAUCAGCUUGAUUUUCAAGUGCAAAAACUGAAUUUUGCUGAUGAAGAAGCUGCAAAACUGUAUAUGAAACAGUAUACAAUCGAUGUAUGCAACUAUUUAAGUAGUUGGUUCAGUUUCUGGCCAUUCGAUGUUUGCUUGAGCAUUUGUAGGUGCGCUGCUCUGUGGAUCUGGGGCAGAAAAUAUGACUUUCUCCACAACAUGACAGAUAAAACCGUGCCUGCCACUCUUCUGGAAAGUGAGACGAGAGACUAUAUAGAUGCCGGACUGUUGCUAAACUCACCCUACUUCUCAGUGCUGAGAGAAGAAAGAAACAUUGACCUCAUCAUUUCCCUGGAUUUCAGUGAAGGCGAUCCUUUUGCGACAGUGAGGGAAACCACUGAUAUGUGCAAGAAACAAAACAUCCCUUUCCCUGAAGUCAACAUUCCCAAUGUAGAGGUGCAGAAACAGAAGGACUUCUAUGUGUUCAAAGGUCAAAACGCUCCAACCGUGAUUCUCAUCCCUCUGUUUAAUGUGGUCAGCUGUGGAGAAGAAGUUGAGAACUGGAGGAACAAAUAUUGCACCUGUCAAAGUUCUUACAGCACUGAGAUGAUCACUGAUCUUAUGGAGGUUGCUGGGAAAAACAUCUCAAACAACAGAGAGAAACUGAAGGAGGAGAUUCAUGCAGUCAUUGAGCAGAAAAGAUCCAAACAAAUGAAACUAUUAACAGUCUAAUCUGCUAAACUGAAAUUAAUUUCUCUGUCUUAAAUUUACAUGACUUUUUUUGUAAAAGCAUUUUGUGUGUCAGCUGUUUGUUUGUUUAAUGUUUCUGUCAUCUGAAUCUGUCUUUAAUAAACAAAUUAACAAUAACAGACAUGAUUACAACUACAUGUAUGAAGGUAAUGUUGUACUACCUUGGUUUUGGUAAAACCCUUUUAAACCCCCAAAUGUAUUAAAUGAAAAUGACAAGAGUCACAUGUGAUGUUUCCAGAUUCCACAAGUCCACUUCCAAAACAAAGAUUUACAGAUGAUGUACUCACCCCCUUGUCAUCCAAGAUGUUCAUGUCUUUCUGUCUUCAGUCAUGAAGAAAUUAUGUUUUUUGAGGAAAACAUUUCUGCAUUUUUCUCCAUAUAAUGGACUGAUAUGGUGAUAAUGAUGAAAAAUUUGGGAUUGUUUGAAGCCACAUUUAAACUGCAUUUUGGAAGUCCAAAAUCGGGGCACCAUAUCAGCAUACCAUAUCAGUAAAUUAUUUGUAAAUUGUUGUUCUGGAACUGGAGUUCUCCUUUAAACUGACAUAGAUAUUCAUUCAGCAGUUUAAUCAAACAGGCCAAAACCCAUGUCUUCAUCAGACUCCUCGAACUGUUAAAUGUUAACAGUUAAUCAUUCUAAUUUGCUGAUUUGUUGCUCAAACAUUGAAACAUUUUUCAUGAUUAUCAAUGUUAAAAAUGGUUGUGAUUUAUCAAAUUAUUUUCAGACUUU